GAGAGAGAGAGUGUGAGAGAGAAAAGAGUUGUAGAUAAGGAGAAAAAAAAAAAAAAAUAAACAGAGAGGGUUUCGAGGAAAGGAGACAUGCCCAAUUUCAUUCCAACAACUCUGUUUCUUGUUUCUUCUCACCUUACCCGAUCCCAAAGCUAAUCUAAUAAAGUAGAUGGCUAUACGAGUUCAAAAUUUUCCCAAGAAAGCUUUUGAUCAAAGUUCUAUUUAUUCAAUGUCCAAUUUUGCUGUUAAUUGCCCAUCAUGGUGGAAUUCACAAGAACAACAAUUUCCUCAAUCCAUAUCCAAACAUUUAAGCUUGAAAUUGGAAUCUCCACCUCAACUCUGUGAGGAGGCAAGGCAUUUACGUCUUCAACGACAUGACCAGGACUCAUCUUCAACUCAAUCGACUGUUCAAUCUCACCAUGAAGUGACUGCUAUGGGAGGGACGAAUGCUCAAGAUCAAAGCAUUUCAUCAGAAUCUGUUCCAGAUGAAAGCUAUGAAAAGCAUUCAGAAUUUGUUAAUAUCAGUCCUUCACAGAUUGAUUCUAGCCAGUCAAUUAAUCACAUUCCACAUCCUUAUGCUGAUCCUUACUGUGGUGGGUUAUUCGCUUCCUAUGGUCCACCAACUGUAAUUCAGCCACAAAUGGUGGGAAUGACUCCUGCCCGGGUUGCACUGCCUCUUGAUCUAGCAGAGGAUGGUCCUAUUUAUGUCAAUUCAAAACAAUACCACGCAAUCCUCAGAAGGAGACAGAUGCGUGCAAAGCUUGAGGCCCAAAACAAACUAGUCAAAACUCGAAGGCCUUAUCUUCAUGAAUCUCGGCAUGUGCAUGCCCUAAAUAGGGUUAGGGGAUCUGGGGGACGCUUUCUCAGCACGAAGAAGCUUCAACAACCUGAUCUGACUCCCACCCCUGAUUCCCGGUGCAUCUCGAAUUCGAUUCACUCAUAUAAAAAAGAUGCAUCCGAGUUUGAAAUCUGUCAGUCAGAAACUGUGGAACGUGGUGCAUCAAUCCCUUCCUUCUCUAACGUCACAGGCGUUUCAAACAGUGAUGUUUUCCAGCAGCCAUAUCACAGGUUCUCAGCCAUCUCUCCUCACACGGAUGUUGGCAAUGGAACUCGGCACUGUGCUUCGGUCAUCCGGUGAGACAUUGGAACGAGCAAACCGUGUCAGUGGUUGGGCAAUUCAUCCUUGGCUUUGUCACCUUUAUUUUAACUGCUUUGAGCUUACUAAAAAAAAAAUAGUAGUAGAGACACCGUCGUGUGCUAAAUUACUGUGCUGCUUGUUUUCUUCUACGCACCAAAAACUGUGUUUUGAAAGAGGUUCAUGUUUGGCAUGUCAUCCA